AUGCAUCAGGCCCUGGAACAGGCACGGAGCUCAAGAAAGUGGGGAAGCAACCGUGGAAAUAGUCUGGCGGGCAGCGGGACAAGAAGGAACAGAAGCCAGAGCGGCAGCACCGCGAACAGCAACGGCUGGACGGGCGGAGGCCGCCAGAGGAUGGCAACCUUGAUUGCGACCGCGAGAACCUCGCAGCCGGUGCCAGCCGAGUCGAGCACGUCGACCGAAGCUUCCACCGCGGAGGCUCGUCACCAGGCAGAGCAUCGCCCUCGCCCGACCGUGACCCAUGUUGAAGAACCUGGCCGGCAUGGGCAACCCGCUGAACAGGCCCCUCACGUAGCUCUGCAGCCCGCAGCGAGAGACCUGCAGGAGGAGACAGGGAUAUUCAAGAGCGUGCUCCACGAGGCACAACACAGGCUCAUCCAGCAAGUCGCAGGUAUCCUAUUCGAGCACAAGAAAGAGUUGGGGGAAACGUUUGACAAAAACAACGAAAUGCCUCAGCGUCGCCGCUACCGCAAUCCCGCGGUCGAGACUUCCUGCUCCUCGUCCAGCAGCCUGGACGACGAAGACGACGGCGUAAAGGCCGACACCGAGGAGUUGGCGGAGCCGGUAUGGAGGACAGCGAGGGGCCGGCGAGAAGAUGAUGGCGAUGACGACAAUGAUAACGACGAAGACGAAAGCGACGAAGAAGACGUGCUGCCCAGCAUGGAGUUGGAAGCAUGA